UGCAUCGGCUUUGGUUACAUAUAUCCUUCCAUGUUCCAAAAUUUGGUCCGGUUGAACUUUAAAGUUACUCAAUCGAAUUGGCACGUGCUACAAUCCUUGCUUGUAGUGGCUCCUAAUUUAGAAGUUCUUGUUCUUGAUAAGCAUUAUUAUCGUAAAAAUCAGUUAUGCUGUAUGGAGCCAUUGGAUGGUUCCGGUUGUUUGUCAUCGCGCCUGACAACUUUUAAUUUUAAUGGAUAUGAAGAAUUGGGACAUGAAGUUGAAUUCAUCAAAUAUAUUCUAAAGGAGGCAAUAGUCUUGAACACAAUCACAAUUAAAAUUUCUAAUCUACAUUCGAAGGAAAGUGUUCUCAAAAAAUUAUCAAUGUUCCCAAGGCACUCAACAACAUGUCUACUUACAGUUGAAAUAGACGACUCUUUGGAGUAAUUGGUGGCAACUUCUUUUGACACAGCAACUUCAUUAUGUGGCUUGACAAUGUGCUUGACUAGAGUACCCUAUGCACCCCAAAGGAGGUAGAUACAGUAGUAUGCACUUCUUGGUGUAGAUGAAGUGGUAUGGUAAGAUUGCAAAGUUAAAUCUUUUUGGGAGCUUCUGCUUUAUUACUGCUUGUAUUUAUUAAAUCCUUGCAAGCCCUUUGUUUAUUAAUGAACUUCUAGAUUCUUGUGGGAAAAAGUACUUGGUGAUCCAUGUUUAGUUCAUGAAUUCAUGUAUAUUGAUGGUAUUUAUUAGUCAAUUCCAAGUGGUAGCACGAUGGGCUAGGGAUGCCUCAUAAAGUAGAGGUCACUAGUUUGAAUUUCCUCUUCCCCCUCCCCUGGGGCCAAAACUCACUUAUAAAAAAAAAAACAAAAAAGAUGGGUAUUUAGUAGUGGUAAGGACCUGUUUUUGGGCUGUUUAACACCUGUAUCUUAAAUGUGAUUGUAUUUUGACUAGGAAGCUUCUAGACCCAAACUGUUAUAGUUCUUCUGGUGUGAAUCUUAUUUUGCUUACAUGGCUUA